AUGCGCAUUAAGAAUGUUUUCUUGGGUUUAAUUUUAAAGUGUCAUUGGAUGUAUGUUAAUUGUAUCAUGGAUUCAUUGGAAGAACAUGAUGGUUUGCGUAACUCGAACGAUUGGGAAAACAAUAAUUGCCAGCCUGGUUAUAUACCCCAUAGCGAUAUGUACGAGGAUAUUAGCAGUGCCUCUGACAAACAGAAUGAGGAUGGCAAUAACAGUCAAUUAGAUGAAGAUGUUAUGGAGCUAAGUGACACUGAUAUUAAUGUGGUUAGUGUUAUUAAAUAUGCCAGCCGUCUUCAAGACGAUACGGCCAACAAAGCCGUGGGUAACUAUACGGAGUCUAUUGGUGCUGUUACUGGUACUAACGCCAUUGCCGGUGAUGCCAUUGUAAUUUCUGAUAGUGUCGCAUCCGAUACUGAGAAUAAUGGGAAUGAAGAGAAUAUGGUUAGGCGUAAAGUUGCCAAAAAUGCGGCGAUUAAUGGGGCUGUUAUGGAUAAUAGUACAACCAUGCAGGGCAGUUCUAAAGCCAGCAAGGAUAAAAGCUAUAUGAUUGCCAGUCCAAUAACUGAUCCUGAUAGGAUUGUACCGCUGUUUAUUACAUCAGCAAGUCAUCCGUUUUUAUCUCCAGAGCAUAUUAUCGCUCCAUGGAAAGGUGUUAAGGCUGCCGACAUCAACUUAAGCUCAUCCGAGGAGAUUGUAGGGGAUUUAGGCUUAACAGAGAUAGCUCUUAUAUCUCUCUACACCGAGCAAGAUAUCCAAAAGCAUCUUAUCAGCAGUGCAAACAUGAUUCGCAAGAAAUUAAGAGACACCAAGUCGCUAAGGAAAGAAUGCCAAGACAACGUUGAUUUGCUAUUCAAUAACCCAAAGAUCCUCUUUUUCUUGUUAAUGGAAGAUAGGACGUUCUACCGCAUGUUUUAUUCGUUUGUUAACGAGUUACGGGCUUAUUUGAGUGAGAUAGCAGGAAAAGAGAUUUCCCAGACGCAAAUGAUCUGGAUAUUCUCUCUGCUAGAUGACAAAAACAGCCCGCAACAAGAGAAAUGGCUUGUUAAUUUGGUAAGUACCAUAUCAAACAACAUGGAGAUUCUUCGCUACUUUAGCAUGGCAAAGCAACCUCUUAAAGACUACUGUUGGGCCAAAUACUUUGGAGAGGAUAAGAGUUGUUGGCUGAAGUCGAAUAUCCAGCCAAGCACAAAGUACCAAAACAGAAUCCCAGGAGCUAUUACCAACGCGAACUGCGUAUAUAACGUAUUGCUUUAUACUCUUUAUUAUGAACGAUCUUUCCAUUUAACUAUCUAUGGCCAUUCUUUAAUGGACAACGGCAGCUGGUAUAAUAAUAUUAAGCAAAUUGAUAUGGACCUUCACGCAACAAUAACGAACAUCUAUAGGCGAAAUCCCAUUCAAAUAGUGUCCCCAGAAGUAUGGAAGCGUUUACAGGCGGCCGAGAAUAAGCGGGCAAAGAGUGUCGAGUACAGCAAGCUUCAAUGGUUUGUUGUUAAGCACAUAAAAGACCUAUUUGAAGGUUUUGGGAAGGUUUGGAUCUGUCAACUUGCAGAUACCUUCAAACUAGCACUGCCUACCCAAGAGUCACCAACCGCACUAGGCAAAAGACCAUAUAAUACAAUGGCCAACAAUAAUGCGCCGAGUAACCAAAACAGCAACCAGCAGAGCAAUAAGCAAACAAGACUAGAAUAG